UUGCAAAUCUAUAACGUCCUAACUUCAUCUCAAUUUGAAAAGCAUUGCAGUGAGCCCGCAGUUGGUGCAUCGACGUUACCAGUUGUUGCGGAAACCUCAUCUUCAGGGGACACCGCGCCAACCCUUUCACGUGACAAUUCUUGUGCUAGCCUAUCGACGGGAGGAAAAAGGAAGCAAGUUAGCCGAAAAUCAACUGCCCCGCUCCCCUCACACCAUGCCACUGCCGUUGCCAACGAACUGGGUAGACUCAAGUUCAUUAAUCCUGGCAAACAGAAUGAAAAUCUCACAAUCGAUUGGGAUCACGGAAGUCUCACCAGGGGAUUCAAGCGCCAACUUACGCAGCAUACGAAAAUUUCCGAUCCUAGGUUUGGAGGUCUGUCGUCUUCUUCGGCUGCGACAGAACUGGGCCGCCUACGAUUCAGUAACCCAGGACGCCAAAACACCGAUCUCGAGCCGAUUAACUGGACGCAGGCUGGCGUCUACAUGACUCGCGGGCAUCGACGGCAAAUGGUGCUUCAUGCACAACUGUGUGAUGCUAAGAGCUCCGAUCCCCCGAUCUAUGACUCAAGAGGCUUGCUUCUCCCGAAUAUGGUCGACAGGUGCGACUGUAUGCGUCCCGGCUGUGCUGGCUGUUUUUUGCCUUGCAGGCGCUGCCACACUACUAAAUGUGGUCCGCUCUGUCGCAUUACACGCAAUUUCCAUUACGAACAGGUGAGUUUACAAAGUGUCGUUCACUCUGUCUUGUGGCUUAACCGUCUUGCUCCGUUUUGA